AUGAAGACCUUCCAGACAGCCGGAGUCCUGGCCGCAAUCUCGAGCUUCGUGCUCGCACAGGACUGGUCAUGGCACCAGCCUGCCAUGUGUACCGACGGCGGGUGCGGUACCUGUCCCAACCGGCUCAUUGACAGCAGCGGCUGGCCUGUCUGCCACUGGUAUGACUUGGCCGAUAAUCCCAUCUGGAGCGAGCAAUUCAACGCUGCCGAGAACGGGGGCUUGGAAGUCUUCUUCAACAUUGCCCAGCCAGAUCCCACCUGCGCAGUAGUCAUUCGAUCGCCUGCGGGUAGCGAAUACAUCGGUUGCGGCCAGAACAUCCUCACCACUUACAAUGCUCUAUGCACCAAGCUCAUCCUUCGUCAGCGUGUCAUGCUCCAAUUCUGCUGUGGUACUGGAGACUGUGACGCUGCUGGUGGAGGUGUGUCGUCCAUAUCUCUCACCCCCGAGGACUUUGCAAACACCUCCUCCAUUGCUAGUGGAGGAAGUGGCGCCAUGCUGUUUAUCAACAGCCAAGGCGAGAUUAUCCAACCCGACUCGGAAUCUGACCCACGCGAGCAAGCUUUGCGGAAGCGACUCGUUCAAUCCCCUGCGCCGGAGAAACGCCAGGAGGCAAAGCAUGGAGGAGCGCUGCUCGCUAACCGCGACCUCUUCAAACGGGAUUGUACUUUCACUCAAGUAGGCGACCCUUUCACAGCUCCUGGAAACACCGUAGUGAUCGACGGUCCCGUUACUGGUCCAGCAAUGAUCGAUCGCAGCGUCGAGCAGACAGUCGGCUGGAGUUCGACUUUUGAAGUUGGAAUAGCAUUCGACAUCUUCAGUGCUGGAGCUAGCUUCACGACUUCCGAGUCUAUUACCGAAUCUGCGAGCAUUACGCUUGAGGUGCAAGACUCCGUCACCGGCUUCUGGGUCUGGACUCCCAUCUUGACUUGUGCCAAUGGCGAAUUGUCGGGGGAUUGCUCCGGAACUGGUAGAGCGUGCUCGCCUACUAAAAACAGCCAGGGCAAUGUUGUCGGCAACACUGCGUUCCAGAUUCGCGGAUGA